CUAUGAGGUAUACUGAAAGUCAGAAAAGGCCCCGGAAGUGCUCUUUCCGUACAACAACAUGGCCGCGCCCAUGAAUAAGGAAGCAAGGAAAUUUCUCGUCUUUGCUGCGAAAGGGGUGUUUGAUUUCCCUCCUCCUGCUCUAGCUCCGUUGUAUGGCGAUGCAGAUUUCCUGAGAGAGUUCAGAGGAGGAUUAGCGCAUUUUUCUGGCGUGAAAAGAGAACUAGAGGUCUGAUUGGUGUACGCCACUCUAUAUUGACUUCAGGUUUAGGGGCUUGGAACCGUGAGAGCUGAUGCUAAUUCUACUGUCUAAGGGGUUACAGUUAAAUAUGAGGCAAUAUUCCCUGGCCAUGGAGGUGUGAAGAAGGAUGAAAAAGUUUGGAAGAGCCACUGUGAUUUGAAUUCUUCCUUGUCUUCCAUCCCUCCCCUACCUAUUGAGAAAGCAGACAGGAUCCAUUACAUGAAACAAAUUCCUGCAUUAGCCAUGCCCCAAAAAAGAAAAAAAGAAUGAAGCAAAAAAAAAGCUUCAAUCUGUACUCUUGAGUCAAUCAGCUUUCUCUCUGAAGUGAAUAGCAUAUUCUUUUGAAAUUGUGGUUGGCAUUGGGUUGAUAAGAUGAAUAUCAACCUUCUUAUCUAUAAAUUCCUCAUUUCUAAAGGACUUUCAUAAGAAGAGACUAUGUCUGUUGUGCAUCAGUUGUCAUCGGGAUGGCUACUGGAUCAUCUUGCCUUCAUCAAUAACAUUGAUUACCAACUCUGCCAGCACUGUGAGCCAACUUCCAAUAAAACUGUGCCCAUCUCAUCUCCUCACUGUGGUUCUCUUAAUGUAACUUCUACACUGCCUGUUGAACUUUCAGCCACAUCGAAGGUCUAUGAGCUUGUCACUAAACCAGAGACUGAUGAAAGAGAAAAAAAUAAAGUGUUGAUGCAAAAAUAUACAUUUCGAGCUGAACUGUUUAAUGUUACUAAACCCUAUGUAACCACAACUGAUUGCAUAGCAUUCCGACAAGGAAAUAAAGUGGAGACUCAAAAGAAUAGUAGUAUCAACAGUUUCAACUGUGAAAAUCAAGAAUGUGUUAAAGAUGAAGAUUCUGUUUGUACUGUUAGGAAGAAAAACAAAAGAUCUAUUGUAUUCAAUCAAGGUGAAUUGGAUGCUAUGGAAUACCAUACAAAAAUCAGGGGGCUGAUUUUGGAUGGCACCACACAAUUAGUCCAAGAAGGCCUGAAAAGUGGUCUUCUUUGCUCCCUUUCAGAAGAACAGGAAAUUGAUAACAAAACUACUCCUGUGGAACUUGGUAGCUGUGGUUUGGCAGAACUAUGUGACAUGGCUAAGCAGUUGCCUUUGGUGGAUGAAAAUGAACUUGAGACAGUACAGUCGAUAGAUGCAGAUAUUUCUGUUCCAGAACAGGAUGUAUUUUCACGAAUUACCCAAAACAGUUCAAACUUUACAAAGAUUAUUAUUCUAAUGGGACAGAAAUACCUGUUGCCACCAAAAAGCAGCUUCCUUUUGUCUGAUCUUUCUUGUAUGCAGCCACUUCUGAAUUAUGGAGAAAAAUAUGAUGUAAUUGUGAUCGACCCACCAUGGCAAAACAAAUCUGUUAAAAGAAGCAAAAGGUACAAUUAUUUGUCUUCUUGGCAAAUAAAACAAAUACCUAUCCCCAAACUGGCUGCUCCAAACUGUCUUGUGAUCACUUGGGUCACCAAUCGACAGAAGCACCUACAGUUUGUAAAGGAAGAACUUUAUCCCUAUUGGUCUGUGGAAACACUUACUGAAUGGCACUGGGUGAAAAUCACCAGGUCAGGAGAGUUUGUAUUCCCAUUAGAUUCUCCACACAAAAAGCCUUAUGAAGGGCUAGUCCUGGGGAGAGUUCGAAGAAAAAUGGUUUCAACCUUAAGGGAACCAGAGAUGACUGUACUUCCAAUUCCAGACCACAAAUUAAUUGUCAGUGUGCCCUGUACCCUUCAUUCACACAAACCACCUCUCACGGAAGUUCUAAAAGACUAUAUUGUGCCAGAUGCCAAAUGUUUGGAACUGUUUGCUCGAAACUUACAGCCUGGAUGGACUAGCUGGGGAAAUGAAGUUCUUAAAUUUCAGCAUGUUGAUUAUUUCAUUACUCCAGAGACCAGAAACUGACCAUAAUCUUCUUUUUCAUUUUUUAUCUAAGAAUCAAUAUUGCUUUCAAGGCAGAAGAGUGGUAAGGACUAGGCAUUUGAGGUUAAGUGACUUUCCCAGGAUCACACAGCUAAGAUGUCUUUGAGACCAGAUUUGAAUCUAGGACCUCCCAUUUCCAGACUUGGCUCUCGACUGUGUUACCUAGCUGCUCCCCCGCCCCCCAAUUAUCUUCUGACUAAAGUAAUCAUUCUCCCUGUCUCCUCCAAACUCACCUAAUGUGGCCUUCCUCAUUGUUCCUUUUAUUAUCUGUUGUUUAGUUGUUUUCAGUUGUGUCCAACUCUUUGUGACCCAAUAUGAGGUUUUCUUGGCAAAGAUACUGGAAUGGUUUGCCAUUUCCUCCUCUAGCUCAUUUUGCACAUGAGGAAACUGAGGCAAACAAAGUUAAGUGACUUACCCAGGGGCAUAGAACUAGUGUCUAAGGCCAGAUUUGAACUUAGGAAGACUCAUCUUCCUGACUCCAAAACCAGUGCUCUAGCCACUGUGUUAAUUAAUUGCCCUAAAUUAUUAAUGCUGUUCUAGAAAAAAACAUAAAAGUAUUUAAAGAAAAAGAGAUAGAGAUAAGGUCAUACUUUGAUGAAUUUAAACAUUAUGUCAAUUAUUUAUGUUCUCCAUAAUGUCUUACUUGCAAACAGAGACAAAAUAUCAUUCCUUUGUUUUUCAUUUAAACAAAAUUAAUCUAAAUUGAUUCUGAGGUUAUUAUUGGUUGUUGAUUAGUCUAUUCCCUUCUUUAAUGACUAGAACACAAAAAGGGUUUAUAAGGUGAUCAAUUCCAACAUGAAAUUCAGUCAGGGAGAUAAGUAAAGUGUUUUUUUCAUGAUUUGUGUUGUCAGUCAACGAAAAGAGAAGGAUGGGUUGGUGAAACUCAAGGUACCUCUUUCAGUUAGUCCUCACUCUUGGUUUGUACACUUAGAUAUUUAAAUAGCACUCAGUUGUUUGAUAACAAAAUGUACUGUAGUGAUGAGCUUUUGUAUUCACUUAGGGUGAGGCAGUUAACAGGUUAAGAUGGAACAAAAUGGGUCAGCAAUAAUUUCAUGGUCUGUUAAAAAACAAGUAAACUGUAGACACUUAUCUGUGGGAUACAGUUAUAUUCUGAAGAGUGUUGUAGGAACUGCCAAGUACAUUGGGGUUUAUUCUUUGUGGUUUUAUAUUGCAUAUCAGGAUCACUUGUCAAUGUUCCCUCUUUUAGACUUAUUUUUAGAAAUACUUGUUUUUCAGAAAAUAAUAAAACAUUGUUUAUGUUUUUAAAAAAUUUGUCAAUUUUUUUCAAAGCAUGGCUAGAACAUUGGAUUUAGAGGCAGAAAACCUGAGUUCAGAUUCUGCCCAAAGUCACUUAAUGGAUGUGUUUCCUCCUAACAAAUCAUUUAACAUCCCCAUGCCUUAAUUUUCUAAUUUAUAAAGUGAAAGACCCUCUCUAAGAUUCCUUCAAGACCUAAAUCUAUGAUCCCUAUGAAGCUAUGACCUAGUUAUAGACUUGGAUUAGCUAAUCACUAACCAGGUGACCUUGGACAUGUAAUCUAACCUCUCCCUGAACCUUGUGCAAUUUCCUCAUCUAUAAAAAUGGGACCAAUAAUAAAUCUGUCCUUCCUGUCUACAUCACAGGGUUGUUUUGAGGUUAAAAUGAGGUGAAGUGCCUUUAGUACUCUGUUGUAUCUAUUAAAAACAGUGAUGGGUUCUGUGUUACAGAAUUACACAGACUCGCAGAACUGAAAAGGGACCAGAAGCCACUGAGACUUGAAUGACAACUCUCUCUGCAGAAAAGGGCUUGCCUAGCUUCUCUUUUGAACACCUUCAUCCAGUGAGAGGGAGCCCACUGCUCCUGAGAUAACCUAUUCUACUUUUGGUUGGAUUUUACUCUGGGAAAAUUUUUUUAAAUUGGGCUGACAGACCUUUAAGCACUUGAUGACUUAUGAUAUAUCUUCUCUAUUUCUUCAUAUCUUAAGCCUAAACAUCUUCAGUUGCUGUAACCAGCCCCCCUACGUAAUGGUUUCCAAUCCUCUCAGAAUCUAUUGCCAUCAUCUUCCCCUGUGUCUACCUUAAAUCUCUUCUUUAUUCCAAUGCAUUUUCCAUUUAGAGAUAAAAGCGACUUUCCUGAAUUGCAGAGCUGACCUAUUAACUCUAGGAUUAAAUAUAGUUGUAUCCGUUUAAGAUUCCUGUUUUUGUAAGUUUUCCAGUGUACCUAACUUAUAGCAUAGAGAUACAUGAAUAUAGCUUAUAAAUAAGAAGCAUAUACAUUUUGGGGCUGUGUAUUCAAAAAUUCUUUACUGAUAGGAGCAUGCAAUCAAAAAAGUUUAGGUAGAGACCACUCAUCUGAUUUAACCUCUUCAUUUUACAUGAUUUUGGAGGUCAGUUUACCUUUUUUUGUCUUGUAGCUAAUCUGUACCUAACAGAGACCACAUAGCCAAGUAGGAAGGUCAAGGCCACCCAGGUAGUGAAAGAGGCAGAAUUUGAACCCAGUUCCUCUGACUUCAAAUAUAGUCCUUAUUUCUCCAUGCUGCUAAAAUGACUCAAAUGUAUCAGGCUAUAAGAAAUGAACAGGGUGAUUUCAGAAGAAUCUGGAAAGACUUUACACAAACUGAUGCAAAGUGAAGAACCAGGACGACUCUGUACACAAUAACAACAAUAAUGUACCAUGAUCAACUGUGAAAGAUUUACUUAUUUUCUGCAAUAUGAUAAUCCAAGAGAAUUCCCAAGGACUCAUGAUGAAAAACCUCCAGAGACAACUGAUAGAUUCUGCAUACAGAUCAAAAUAUAUUAUUUUUUCACUUUCUUUAUUCUUUCUAUGUUUAAUUUUAGUGUGCUUUCUUUCAAAACAUGACUAAUACAGAAAUAUGUUUUGCAUGACUGAACAUAUAUAUUCUAUAUCAGACUGCUUACUGAUUUUGGGAGGAGGGAAAAAAGGGAGGGAAGAAUAGAAUUUGGAACCUGAAACUUUAAGAAGACAACUGUUAAAAAUCAUUUUUACAUGUAAUUGGGGAAAAAAAUAAAAUGUCUAAUUAAACUUAAAAAAA